AUGAAGAAUUUGGAUAGUACACCAUAUAAUUCUGGUGAAGAUACUACAUUACUUCCUGAAAUACCAUAUGAACAAGCUAAAUUUGAGAUUAAGUCAAUUGAAAGUGAACUAAAAGACUGGUUUUUAACAAGAAGAUUUAAUAUGGAGAGAAACUUAGCAAUUAAAAUUUUACUAGAUCACCAUAAUUACACAGGAAUAUCGAUAAAUAAUCCAAAUUUACCACCAAAAUACAAAAUAUUGUGGGAUAACUUAGUUAAUAAAAAGCCUGAAUUAGAAGAUUCCCUUAGUAAUGCAGCAAAACAAAAGAUAGUGGAUAUAUAUUUAGAUAUAUUUAGAAAUUCAACGAAAAUUGACCAUCCUUGUAGAAUACCUGGUGGACUAUAUUUACGAUGUUUAAAAUCAAAUUCAAAUAUGUUAAGACAUAAUAGAGAAAAACUUUGUAUUGAAUUAUUCAAUUCAUUUAAUACAUGUAGAGAUAAAAUUAAACAAGAGAACCAAAAUAAUUUAAGAUAUUUAAAGUUGAAGCAAGAUAUAUCUGAUAAUAGAGCAAAAGUAAGUUUAUAA